AUGGGUAUCGGUAAACGAUCAAGGGGCAUUCUCGUCACGUCUCUUCAACCCGGUUCAGUUGCAGCUGAGAAACUCAAAGUCGGAGACAGAAUACUGGCCGUAAAUGCUUCACCCGUUACCGAUCAGGUUCAUCUCCUUUAUUUUUAUUCCCAAAAUGCAACCUAG